GCAGUUAUUGCGCAUGCGCCGUCGGCGGCUUUGCUGUGCUCGAGAUUUGAAUUUGUGCUGGAGCCGGAAGUAACGGCAACGGCGGCUGCUGUAUGGGCUGCGGGAGAGCCUGAAUGUAUGCGGCUCCGCUAAAAUGGAUUUUACGUCUAGCGCCCCCCUCUCCACUCUGCAGACCGUUAAGGAACGGAUGCGGGAGAAACUCAACGGAACAUUAAAGAGCGUAAAGCUGCAAACAACCCUUGCUGCAAAAAUCAAGACAAAAACAUUAAACAGCUCCUCGUUUCUGAAAGUCUCCCUAAAGAACAAUAACAAGGCUCUAGCAUGCGCCCUGACUGCCGAGAGACAGAAGGCAAGGAGUCUGGAGAACGAGAAGAUGUUCCUGCAGAAGGAAGUGAAGAUGCUGCACUUCCAGAACGCUGUGCUGAGGCAGAACCUGAGCAUUGUGAACACCAUGCUCAAGGACAUUGAUUUGUUCAUGAAUGUUAACUUGCCGGCAGCUAUUGAGAUCAGUAGCACAAUGGAGCCUUCAGAUCGUCUGUCGUCCAAUACAAGAAAGAGCGAACGCUUCAGUCAUCAGAGCGCCGGCUCGCAGGACGCCUAUCCCGGAUUUAGACUGACAGGAAUGGCGUUACGCGUCCCGUCCAGCUCUGUGGAACUACAGAAACACAAUGCCCCAGCAGAUGUAGUGAGCGAUGGUCUUCCACUAAUCCUUUCACCAUCUACACGCUCCAGCGCGGACAGAGAGAGGUCUGACCGUCAGCCUGAGAGAGAAUCGUACUCUGUAACUUCCAAAGACCGUUUUCCGACAUUCAUUGAGAAUAUCACACCGGAUAAUGUAUCCAUUCCGAGAGUCAGCAAUCCUGUAAUACUGUUGGAUGAAGUCCUUUCCUCGUGCAGCAAGGAGGAACGGAGCGAUAGGUUUGUGACCACGAGAAGGAAGCGCUCCACAAUAUCUCGUUCCAGUACAGUCACGUUAAAAUCGGACCAUAGCAAGAGUUCCACGGGGUCGAGCAGAGAGAGCAGCCACAGUACACAGUGGGAUAUGGGCACACCCACUACCGUUCUCCCAGACCCUGGGCACGCAGGAUUUGGCGGUGAAAUGUGUUCACAUUUUGACCUCGUCAUGGAAAGGAACCGGUCAUCCAUAAGUCAUUCCCAGUUGGAGAAAAUAGACCUUGAUAAAGGAAGCUCCAUCGUUACCCCAGCGGAACAAGUUCCAGCAACUGCAAACCAGCCUGCGCACGCACAUCCUGCUGCAGGUGGGUGUGUCGAACCAGAGAAAACAGUGUAUGAAGCCGAUAUGGAAAUGACGUCCAGUGACACCGCCGCAAUAGUUGCCAUUGCAUCCAAAACGCAUUCUUCUAAGUCCCGGUCUAACAUACCCAUAAGACAAGAUGGGACGUCUUUACGAAAAGUAAGGCAAUCAGGCCGUCAAAAAACAAAGAAAAAAAGUAUCUCGUCUGACCCACAAAAAAAUAAAAAAUCCACUAAAAGCCACCAGAUGACGGAGGCUGCGCUUGAGUCCGGUGGGAAGAUGACCCCGGAAAACAAGUCUUCAGCAGACCUCAAUCCAUCUCUGCUCGGUGAUCGGCAUGAUUAUCGGAGAACAUACAUUUUACCAGGACCUGUAAAGCUGGAGAAGAGUCACAAUUUGGAAAGUAUAUCAAAUUCGGAUCCUGUUUGUGAAAUGGAAAUCUCGACAGAGCCCGCCGGGCAAGAAUUGUCGGAGAAGAUUCCGGCCUUGCUCAGCGGAACGAAUGAAUUAAUGCUGAACCUGGAAAGCAAACCUUGCAUUGAUAAAAGCCACAAUGCCACGGGGGCAGGAUCUGUGGGGAAGAGAAAAUCCAAAAACCGUACGAGAGCCUCGAAGACCAUGGAACACUCGCCGAAGAGGAAACGAAAAAGAAACGCAUGUUUAACAGAUCAAGAAAAUGUAGUAGAAUGUGCCGGUAACAUAGAUGAGACUCAUGAACAACCGGAUAAUAGUAAAAAUGUCAUUAUUCCGGAUUUCAACUUUAAAAAGCAAGAAACCCAAAUCCGAAGGGAAACCUAUGUUGUUAGCUCGGCACAGCCACUUCCAGUGACAACUGAGCUCAAAAGUUCUAAAGCUAAAAAAAUUAGCUAUAGGAGAGAGACCUUUGUAAUUCCAAAGCCAAAUCCCUUGGCUUCCAUCGCAAAUAUGACCUUCGACUCCGAAGAGACGACUGAGACCAAAAUUGAUCCAUUACUUAUUUUAAAGAAGACUGAUCCCAGAAAUUCAUCUGAUCCGGGUUCUGAUAAACCGUAUGACCACAAGGCGGAGAAACUCUACAAGUGCCCAGAGAAAAAAGCUCGCCUGCGCAAAAAGACUCUUAUCGCGCCUGCAAAAGAGGACGACGCAUGUCCUGAUAAAGGCACGCUUGUUCGGGAAAGCACGGCGCAUUUAUCGACUCAAACUAAUAAGCCCACGAAGAUGUUGAAGGCCAUCUUGUCCAGUAAGCGGGAUUCCUUUACCCUGGAUAUGGUUAGCGAGUCCAUUCUCGAUGAAACGCUUGAGGGCCCAAGUUUUGUAGAAUUCCCAUCAGCCACCAACCCUGACAGUACGUUCAGUGUCGAUGGCUCUUUAAAGGCUAGUCAGUCUUCGGAGCAUUCAGCGCCUGAAAACCGUAAUCCCAAGGACAUGCCUCGUGCGUCAAAGAUCUUUAAUGUUCUGGAUGAAAGCCACAGCGGCGGAGCUCCAGACAUACUUGAAAGCAAUAAUUAUCCACAGCGUAGAACUGAGAAACAAAGUAUGGAGAUCCAGGAACCAGCUAUUAAACCUUUUCAGGAUUUGACAAACAAAGUGUUGGGCUCCAAGAAACCGCCUAAGUCCUGCUCCGAGGAUGAGAAGGAGGAUGAUGAUGAUGACACAGCUCGGUCAAGCCGAAGGCGCAAACCAGUCAACUACAAGUUGCCUAGCUUGACAUGCAAACUGCGACGCUGAUUUCCUGAACGCUUGUAUUUUAAACGGUGAAAAAGACGUCAAAUCCCAAGAAAGCACAACGGGACUUGUGUAGAAAAAGGAAUAUUGUGUACAAUGUGAAGGAAUUAUCUCUACACUUUAACUUUUAUUGUUUCCACUGCUCACAGAAUAUGAAAUGUUUUAUUGCAGAUCUUUUAUAUAAAAUCUGACUUGUUUCCUGGUUCUGAUGUCAGUCUCCAAAUACUCCAGAUCAUUUCUGGAUCUUUUACAGCCGGUGCUAUGAACUGGUAGAAAUAACCAAUAGAUGUAAAAACCAAACUGGGAGAAGCUGCUUUACAUGUUUCCCCUGCGUCGCAUUGCGCGGUGGGCGUGUCUGGAGUGAGUCCGGGUAGAGCAUACAGCACGCAUUGUAACGAUACUAUCGGUUGCAUGUGUCCUGCAAUAUCCCCUCUUACAUUUGCUGUAAUAAUAUCACAUACGGCACAGUUCUGAUUUAGGAACCACUCGGCAUAUGUAAAAGUCCAUUAUGCUUAGUUUAGACCCUCCUGACAGUAUUAGUGUUUGAAACAAUAUUUAAAAGCACCUCCGCCUUUUUUCCAGGCUGCUAGGCAUUCGUGGCAUUGUGUAGAUGUUGUAUAUUUUAUAUUUUUUAUUAUAGCAUUCAAUCACCUCAACUGGCUUUGGGAGAGGUGUUUCAAAGCUUGGAGAGAGUACCAGCCAAUCAGCUCCUGACUUCUUCAGACGCAGCCUGUAAAAUGGCAGUUAGGAGCUGAUUGGUUAGUACUUUCGCCAAGCUUUGAUAAAUCUCCCCCUUUAUGAGGAAUGUAUGUGUUGUGUAUAUUCUUAUUAGCCUUGUAUAUCUUUUUAUAGCUAUUAUAGAGGUGAGGUGGCCUCUUUUCUACUUGUGUUUUUUUUUUAGCAAUCUUGUGUAAUUAUAUUAAGACGGCUGUUUCUCUGUUUUAUACCAAGUUGGCUUUUUUGUAUUUCCCUUUUUAAAGAAAAAUAAAAGUUGAUCAUUCAAUAGA